CUCCACUAAGUAGCGAUGAUGUUGUGGUUAUCCAUGCUGCCGACGGCUCUCUGAGUGUUCUGUUGUGGUGAAUAUUGGACGGGGGAGAGCUCUCCACGCAUGGAGUUGAGCUCGGACCCGGUGGUGGCAACUCUGGACAUGUCGCAGGUCAAAAGCAAAGAGGACGAUGAGCCUUUUGAUAUUGACGCGGACUACGAGAGCUUGCCACCUCAUGUCUCAGUGGCGACCCACAUGACAGCAGGAGCCGUGGCUGGCAUACUGGAGCACACGGUGAUGUACCCCGUGGACUCUGUCAAGACAAGGAUGCAGAGCCUGCAGCCGGAGCCAAACGCACAGUACAAGAGUGUGUAUCAGGCUCUGAAAAAGAUUAUCCAGACAGAGGGGGCACUCCGGCCACUGAGGGGCCUCAACAUCACCAUGAUGGGAGCGGGGCCCGCACAUGCCAUCUACUUUGCCUGCUAUGAGCGAGUCAAACGCUCACUAAGCGACGUCAUUCAGAACGGAGGCAACAGCCAUGUGGCAAAUGGUCUGGCAGGUAGUGUGGCCACUGUUCUCCACGACGCAGUCAUGAACCCAGCUGAAGUGGUGAAGCAGAGGAUGCAAAUGUACAACUCUCCAUAUCGAGGGCUGUGGGACUGUGUUCAGACCGUGACGCGUACGGAGGGAGUGGGAGCUUUCUACCGCAGCUACAGCACGCAGCUCACCAUGAACAUCCCCUUCCAGGCCGUGCACUUCAUGAUCUACGAGCUGAUGCAGGAGCAGCUGAACCCCCACAGACACUACCACCCCGGCAGCCACAUCGUGUCGGGGGCCGCAGCAGGAGCCCUCUCCGCAGCAAUAACCACCCCGCUGGACGUUUGUAAGACUCUGCUCAACACUCAAGAGAACGUAGCGCUCAGCUCCGUGAACGUCAGCGGACAGUUAUCGGGGAUGGCUAACACCUUCAGGACAGUGUACCGGCUCGGGGGUCUCGCGGCCUUCUUCAAGGGGGCCCAAGCUCGGAUUAUAUACCAGAUGCCCUCCACUGCCAUCGCCUGGUCAGUGUACGAGUUCUUCAAGUACUUCCUGACAAAGCAGCACCUGGAAUAUGAGGCGGGACCUCGAUCGAUGAAAUAAAGAAGACUCCAACCUGAAGCUACAUGAGCUCACUGUGUGUGGAAAUACCGUAAGAUGUCGUCACACAGGGGAGUCGUCACGUUGAAGCAGUUGCUGAACUUGAUCACAUACCUAAAUCUGUGUGUCUGUAAAGUUAGAAUGUAGCUGCAGAAGCAGGAAAUGCAACAGAGGUAAACUUAGAAGAGUUCAUCUUCUUCUUCUUCCACUCCACAGACGCUCACCUCAUCCCCCACGCUCUCUCUUUUCCACAUGUGGAGAGCGUGUAAUUAAGUUGUCUUGAAUGAUGUUUAUAGUUUUUAAUAUUGGAACUGCUUAUUUAUUUUGUUAGCUUGCAGAGGCUUGUGUUUUACAGAUGCGGAAAGAAACUCAGCGCCGUUAGUUUGUUUUGUUUCAUCGCGUAUUUAUUAACAAGAAACAUUGCAACACAUUCCUCAUUUUCACUCCACGGCAAACAGAACAGUUGCGCUUUCCAAGUGCCUCAUGGUUAUUGUGACUUCUUUGCUUUAGGUUUCAUUGCAGAAGCUAACCUUCUUUCCUGAGCCCGUCAAAUCUGAUCUUGCUAAACUGAAUGAUGUUUUGGUUACUUCUGCAUACAAAUAUCAAAUACCAGUCUGCAGCUUUUUAAUUUGUUGCACUUUCAUACGCUUCUAAGUGCAAAACACCUUUUUUGUCAUACACCGUAAAGGUCCACUUAUUUGCCUUCUUGAAGCAAACAAUGCCGCUGACGUACGCACAAUAAUAGUGUCAUUGACAGAUACCUGUUGCAGAAAGAAGGCAGCUUGUUUAUAUGUAUUCAAAAACAGGAUUAUAUAUUUUGAGGAUGACUCUUUUUCAGAAAUGAGUUAGCGUCUCUCUACUUUCACAAAAUGAUGUUUUGAAUUCUGUGUCGUAUUGACUUUAAGGUCAUAGAUGUGUAUAUAACAUGUUUUCAAAAAUAUAUCUUUGACUGAAUUUAAAGUUCAGACUCUCUGUGAUAAUAAAGUAACACCAUGCCUUUUAUUUUGACCCUGUGAGGCACACUUUGUCGCCGUGAAAAGAGUAAAAGCCUAAAUCCGCUGGCAGGCAGGCAACGCUGUUUCUUUUAUUCCCUCUCAUCCUGUUAUAGUUUCACAUUUCCUGUGUGCUCACUGCCUUCUCCACUCAGAAGUCAAGACAGUCCUCCAGACGUUGAUGCAAGCAUCCAGAUUUAUUUGUUUUGAAUUAAACAGUCUGUUCUUUCCUUUGGUUAGAGUUCACGGAGUUCGUCAGAUUCCAGCGGUCUCACAAACACUUUAGGAGCAGAUUCUUUAGGAGACAUAUUAAUAUGCCAAAGACGUGCAUUGUAUUCUAUGCAUCUUAUUUUCAACCUGUAAAUACAAUUAUGUUUGCCUUCCUGCUGUGAAUUAUAAUCAUGCAACCUAUGUGCCCCCUAGUAGUGUUAAAACCCCUCAUCACUUGAACUUAUUUAGAGGCUUGUUUUCUGAAUAUGUCAGAAAUAAAAGUCCUAUAACCUCCUAAAGUACUUGAGAAAUAUGUUUUAAAAAUACCAUGAUUGCGUUAUUGUUGUUGACUGAUAAAAUACUUAAUUUCAAUACAGUGGUGAUCUCACAUGAAGGGAUAAUGUGUUCUCAAUUGGCUUGAAUAUAUAAGUGUAUAAAUUAGCAUAGCUUCAUGAUGUUUUAUUAUAAUCUAAGUGAGUUCACAGUAGGAUUCACUGACAGAACUCCACUGAGUUUAAAUGAAUCCUGUGGUUAAGAAAAAUAAAUGAAAAUAUAACUUUUGAAUAUGAA